AUGGUUACUAUUCAAAUUAAAGCCUCCACCAUAUAUAUUCUGGCAACCCUAAUCUCUUCGUCAUUUUCUCUUCUUCGUUUCUCUUUCUCUUCCUCUCCCUCUUCAUUUUCUCUUCAGCCUUCACCUGAAUCACCUCAGUCGCCUCCACCACCAGUAGACAGCAGACCACCACCACCUCCAUCAAGAGCACCACCACCUCUAUGGCUCUAUCUAGUUUUGGUUGAGUUAAGGGGAGGAACUCAAGGAAGGAGUCUGAAAGAUUUCUUAAGGAAGGAGUCUGAUUACAGGGCAAUGAUUGGAUCAAGUUCAGCUUCAUUAUCAAGCUGCAAGAUGGCAAAUGCAUCUCCCUUUCCAUCCACUGCAGCUGGUUCUACUGAUGUGACACUAUCUAUAACACCUCAAGUUGAUGCUACUCAAGAAACAUAA